GUACACGUUCACUUAACAUGUGUUAGCAAAGAGACAGCGAAAGAGAAAAGAGAGACACCGGCGAAUCGGGAACAUAGUGUUUUUUACUUGAUCAUUCUCUGAGAUUCACUAGAAGCGAGAUAUAAAUUGCAAGAGUUAUGCAGUCGUCCAGCAUCGUUGGACUGCUGUCUGCGGUCACUCUGGCCGUAUUGGCCGGUCAUCCUCAGCUGACCAAUGGUCUGGCAGUAAUGUCCAUUGACCUCGGAAGUGAAUGGAUCAAGGUGGCCGUGGUCAAACCAGGAAUACCUAUGGAGAUUGUACUUAACAAAGAGAGUCGCAGGAAAACACCGGUAUCAAUAACCGUGAGAGAUGACGAGACGCUUUAUGGAGACCCAGCCCUAUCCUUGGGUGUGAGAUAUCCCAAGAGUAACUACUACUACCUCCAAGAUCUGUUAGCCAAACCUUUAGAGAACCCACUCGUCAAGUUACAUCAGAAUAGAUUCCCUUUCUAUGAGCUAGGACAAGAUGAAGACAGAGGCACCGUUUUCUUCAAGCACAAUGAUGAUGUCAUCUUUCAUCCAGAAGAGCUGCUGGCCAUUGCCCUCAAUAAAUCGAGAGAAAGUGCUGAAACAUUUGCCGAGCAAAUGGUGAGAGAUGCAGUGAUCACCGUGCCAGCCUUCUUCAACCAAGCCGAGAGGAGAGCCGUACUUUAUGCUGCUGAACUAGCUGGUCUUAGAGUGCUGCAGCUUAUGAAUGCAAAUACCGCAGUUGCACUGAACUACGGAGCCUUCCGUCGUAAGGACUUCAAUGCCACGCCUCACAAUAUCAUGUUCUAUGACAUGGGAGCUGGCAGUACGACCGCUACCAUCGUCAGUUAUCAGCUGGUCAAGACUAAGGAAAGAGGCAAAGAGGAAACCAAUCCACAGUUAGCCAUCAAGGGAGUUGGAUUUGAUCGUACACUUGGUGGGUUGGAGUGGGAGAUCCGCCUUCAGAAGCAUCUCGCGGAGAUGUUCAACCAGCAGGGCAAGACGACCAACAAGGUAGAGACGUCCAACAGAUCCAUGGCUAAACUACUCAAGGAAGCCAAGAGGGUGAAGAAGGUCCUCAGUGCCAACAAUGACAUCACCUCACAGAUUGAAGGUCUGCUUGAUGACAAGGACUUCAAAGGUCAUGUGAGCAGAGCAGAGCUGGAGAAGAUGACCUCUGACCUCUUCGAGAGGGUCGGCGGACCAGUGGAGAGGGCGCUGAAGUCAUCAGAAAUGACAAUGGACGAGAUUGACCAGAUCAUUCUUGUCGGUGGUGGAACAAGGAUUCCAAAAGUCCAGGAAACGCUCUUGAAAGUAACAGGAAAGAAGGAGCUUGGUAAGAGCAUCAACGCUGACGAAGCGGCGGCGCUCGGGGCAGUCUACCACGCGGCCCAUCUUAGCAAGGGAUUCAAGGUUAAGAAGUUCCUCAUCAAGGAUGCUAAUGUCUUUCCCAUUCAGGUGGAAUUUGAGCGUGAUCUUGUAGACGAUGACGGUCGGGAGAUCACCCGUAUCGUCAAGAGAACGCUGUUUGGCAUCGCCAAUCCCUACCCACAGAAGAAGGUCAUGACCUUUAACAGGCACUAUGACGACUUUGCCAUCAAUGUCAACUAUGGUGACCUUGAAAGGGUCAUGAGCGAGGAUGACCUUGAUGCAUUUGGAGUUCGCAAGCUGCUUGAGGUCAAUCUGAAAGGGGUCAAGGAAGCGAUCGAGAAGAACCCUGGCUCAGAUAACAAAGGAAUCAAAGCUCACUUCAGGAUCGAUGAGAGCGGAAUCUUCCAUUUAGAUACGGUGGAAUCGGUGUUUGAAACUACCAAGAAUGUAACUGAGACAACUGAAGAAGAGCAGUCCACAUUAGCAAAGUUGGGAAGCACCAUCAGUCGUUUUUUCUCCGGUGGUUCUAACGCCGAUGAAGACGAUGAUACUCAGACAGAGACGGAGGAAAAUGGAGAAGAAGAAGGAGAAGGAGAAGCAGAAGCAGAACAGGAAGAGAAGACUGAUGACACUCCACCAGAGGGGGAGAAGGAAGAAGAUGGAACAGCCCCAGAGCAGCAGGAGGAAAAUGGCGAGCAACCAGCUGGGGAAGAGACUACUGAUAAAGCUCCACAGGAACAGGAAGCUGCAGAUGCUGAAGGGAAGGAAGGGAAAGAGGAGAAGGAGGAGGAGACAGAGAAGGAGACCGAGGAGGAGGAGGAAAAGUCAGAUGCAGAUACAGAGAAGAAAACAGAGGAAGGAGAGAAGGAAAGCUCCGAAGAUGAAGGAGAGAAGAAGAGCUCUGAAGAUGAAGGAGAGAAGAAGGAAGAAGAGUCAAAGGAUGAAGCGCCAAAGGAAGAGGAGAAGAAGGAGACCAAGCCCAAGAUUGUGACCAAGAAAGAGAACAUCACGGUGGAGAUCCAGGUCCUAGAUCUCAACGAGCCCACCAAGGCCAGCAAGAAGGCCUCAAGGAACAAAUUGAAGCAACUUAGGAAGAAGGAGGAGGAGCGCUAUGAGAGAGAGCAGGCCCUUAAUAAUUUGGAAUCCUUCAUCUUUGGCGCCCAAGAUAAGCUUUAUAACGAGGAUUACGAGAAGUGCUCAACAGAAGAGAGCAGAGAAGAGAUGAGAGCUACACUCAGCGAGGCGUCUGAUUGGCUAUAUGAUCAAGAGCCCGAUGUUCCGGUCCAGGCAUACAAAGACAAACUCAAGGCACUGAAGAAAAUGCUUAAGAGCCUGGAAUACCGGGUUGAACAGCUACGACUUCGACCCACCGCCAUCAAGGCCGCCAAAUCAGCCCUUAAUGUCUCCUAUCACUUCAUGCUAGCCGCAAAGAACGUCACCGGCGAGGACUUACUCUACACGGAAACGGAAUUCGGUCUUCUGGAGAAAGCCUACAAUGACACUAAUCUUUUUUUCACCACGAAAAUGGAAGAGCAGAAAAGAACAGCUCUCACCGAGAAACCAGCUUGGGUCGUUUCAGAACUAGAAGAGAAGCUGAUCAGUCUCGAGAGGGAGGUGAGGUACCUCGUCGGUAAGGCCAAGUCAACGCCAAAGCCGAAGAAGAAGAAGAAGGUGGAUAAGAAGAAAAAGACGACGAAUUCAACAGCGACGGAUGAGGGGAACGCUGAGGGAGAGAAAGAUGGGGAGAAAGAAGAAAAGGAAAAAGUUGUUAUACCUCCCCCUGAGGAGGGAGAGGGCGCCACUGAGAAUGCACAGGAGGAGGCUCCUGAUACAGUAGAGGUGGAAGGGGGUGAGGAGCAGGCACAGGAAGAGCCAACUGAACCCACACCCACUGGGGAGGAGGAGCAAACACCAGAAGAGCCUACUGAACCCACACCCACUGGGGAGGAAGAGGAAACACCAGAAGAGCCUUUACAAUUAGAAGCACCCGUGGAAGAGGCCACAGAGUCGACGCAAGAAGAGGCUGCGCCUACAGAAGAAACUACUACCACAGAAGGAGCAAAAAGCCAGGCCGAACAUUCACAUAAAAACGGGGAUUUGUAGCAGUAGUUAAUGUACUUGUAAGAGUAUCAGGAUUUAUCAUGAAGUGUGUUCACAAAGUACAAGAUUUCAUGUGUUUCCUAAAACAUUUUUAUGGCAGUUUGUGUGGAAUAACCAAUACCGGUAUGUUGAAGAGCAUGGGUCCUAAUACACUUCUUUGGGGUAUUCCAGAUGUAGUUAUUGCAGUUUGUUAAUGUUCAAGAUUAUUGGUCCAAAUGAAAUCUUGUGAGUCUCUUGAGGUGUUCUGGAUGUAGUUAUGACAGUUCAUAUGAAGUAACGCUUAUGUUGUAUAAUACUGGUCCUAAUACACACCCUUGAGGUAUCACAGAUGUAGUUGCAAUCCUGAGAGAAGAGGUACCUUUGAAACUUGGUACUAUAUGUACAAUGUAUGAAUUGAAUGAAUUGUAGAAGUUGUGAUGGUAACAUCACAUAUUUGGAAAUGCACCAUGGAGACAUUUACUGUAAAACCAGAAAAUGUAAUGUGCAUGUAAAGUUGUGAAUUUCAAUUGGCUUAGAUUUAAAAAACACUUUGUGAUGCGAAAUAAUUAAAUCACAACUGACAAACUCUGAAUUUGUGCAAUUCAAAAAAGUUUCUUGCGGGUAAAGUUGCACAUUGCAAAAGUUUGAUCUUACAAUAAUGAUAUGCACAUUUUCUGCUGUCCCUAAAUAUAUAUUUAAGAUGAUGAUGUGCUUGGCGGUAGAGGAUGGAUCAAAAACUUUAUAGUUUCCCUGUUUUGUAAAAUACUAGACGAUGAAAUACUUCAAGGAACACACUUCAUGGUAAAGAAAAUCUGUAAAGGUGGAACAUUUUGCAUGACCGAUUCUUUUAUUUUGAGUAUGGUACCACAAAACAUGAUGAGUAAUUUUGCUAAAAGCCUUGUAGCGUGUAUGCGACCGUUAAUCAAGAGUUGCUCUGCAUUCACUUCCUUACCUUCUCACUAUUGUAAUAAUAUAAAGAUCAAAUUCCAGUAAUAUUUAUCACAAUCAGUUUAUUGAUCUCAAACUAUGUUUCUACUUAAAUCUGUAAUUAUCUGGGUUUUUCAAGGCUUUUUUUAAUAUAGCUUCUUAGUGCUCUUACAGCUUUUCAAAAUGUAAACCGUUUGGAUUCAUGUUCAUCUAUAAAGCUACAAAAUUACGUCGCUCAAAAUGUUCCACGCUUACAGCUAGUACUUGACCAAAAGAUUGAAGAAGUGCUUAAAUAUAUGUUUUGUAUGUUGCACGGUACGUGUGAGAAAUGAAUUUGUGUGUUGGAAUUAUGGAUACUAUUUAUGAAUAGAAUUGUGGUUACUACUGUUCACUUUGAGUGAAAAUGUUACUAAAAUAGAAUAUUAAUAGACGCACAGAUUUGUUCAAUGUUUUGCACAAAACUAUUUCCUAAUUGAUUUAUGUGUUAAAAUUUGCUUUAAUAUGAGCUAUGAUUAUUGUUUUGUUUUGUUGCAUUUUCAUACAGAUAUAGGGCACCAUUCUGAUAUGUUUGGGUGUAAAUGUUCUGAUUUAUUUAUAUGUCUGUGUGUAAACUCUAAUGGGUAGUGGAGGGCUAGGCAAUGAGGAGAUUCAUUUGUUUAAACUAAUUUUUAGGAAUUAUGAACAAUUCAAGAAUGCAAUUAUCAUUAGUGCUUUUUGAGCACAUUGAUUUUUCUUCAUUAUUUCU